GAGUUCACAGUAAUAAAGCAACGUUGAGAGAGUCGUUUUCCCCUAUCACGGCCCAUCUCUCUUUUGCCACGCAAUUUCUCCUCCUCUUUCCCCACUCUGAAUUUCUCAACUGCGGCGGCGGUGGGGGCGGCGACGACGACAACAAUAAGGAGGUGAUGUUGCGGCCUUACUACAGGCCGCUUGAGCGAUGCUUUGGGAGGCGACCUGGCGGAGGAGGAGGUGGUGGUGAUGGGUUGAUGUGGCAUACGGAUUUGAAACAGCACGCUUCCGGUGACUAUUCUAUCGCCGUGGUUCAAGCCAAUUCUAAUCUGGAGGAUCAGAGUCAAGUGUUUACGUCUCCUUCCACUACUUAUAUUGGGGUUUAUGAUGGUCAUGGUGGUCCUGAGGCUUCCAGAUUCGUUAACAAGCAUUUGUUCCCAUUCAUGCACAAAUUUGCUACAGAGCAAGGGGGAUUAUCCGUGGAUGUGAUAAAGAGGGCAUUUAGUGCAACCGAGGAAGAAUUUUGUCAUUUAGUGAAGCGAUCACUGCCAAUCAAACCACAAAUUGCUUCUGUGGGAUCAUGUUGUCUAGUUGGAGCAAUCACAGAUGAUGAUGUCUUAUACGUUGCAAAUUUAGGGGACUCAAGAGCAGUUCUUGGACGGAGAGUUUAUAGGGAUAAGAAAAAACCAAUUGUAGCAGAGAGGUUAUCAACAGAUCAUAAUGUUGCUGUUGAAGAGGUUAGGAGGGAAGUGGAGGCACUCCAUCCUGAUGAUUCGCAUAUUGUGGUGUAUACUCAUGGAGUUUGGAGAAUUAAGGGCAUAAUUCAGGUAUCAAGAUCUAUCGGUGAUGUUUAUUUGAAGAAACCUGAAUUUAACAGGCACCUCUUUCCGCAAUUUGGAGGCCCUAUUCCUUUAAAAAGGCCUUUCGUGACAGCAGAACCCUCAGUACUCAUUAGACAGCUGAGACCACAGGACUUGUUCCUGAUCUUUGCUUCAGAUGGUCUUUGGGAACAGUUGAGUGAUCAAGCAGUUGUGGAGAUAGUUUUCAAAUAUCCAAGAGCUGGGAUUGCUAAGAGAUUGGUAAGAGCUGCUCUCCAGGAGGCUGCAAAGAAAAGAGAAAUGAGAUAUGAUGAUAUAAAGAAAAUCGACAGGGGAAUAAGGCGUCACUUUCAUGAUGAUAUCACUGUGAUUGUGAUUUAUCUUGAUCACCAGAAAGGUCCUGUAAAUGGUGGACCAAACCGAAACACGAUUGGCUGCACCACUGCACCUGUUGACAUUUUCUCUCUAAAUGCAGACUGAGUAGAGAACAAUUUGCUUGAGUCAAUUUGUUGAACAAAAGAAAAGCCUUUGGAUUAUACAUGAAAGAGUUGCAGAUUGGUGCUGAACAUAAGCCUUUGAAUUCACAUCUAUGUACAUACGUUGAUGGAUAGGUGGAUGCAGAUGGAAAGUGGAUUUUCAUUUUAAAGUGCCUUAAAAUUUUCCAUAUGAAGAUCAUCUAACCAUAUUUUUCUUCAGUUGUUUUUGGAGAUUAUAGCACCAAUUUUGUAUUUAUUUAUUUGUUUUGCGGAUUUAGAAAUUACUGCUCCUUCCCGA